AUGCGGAGGCCCGUGCCCGACCAUCGGCGGCAGGAGAUAGACAAGCUCCUUGCAGGAAUUGCGAGCACCAAGUCGAAGGAUCAGCAAAUUACGACCUUCGCAGAUGUUGGCCUACGCUACAAGGACUUGGGAGAUAUCAACCAAGCAAUCUUUUACCUGCUCAAGUCGGUGCGGCUCAAGCCAGACGCAAAGGUGUUUGUCGCCUUGGCAGAGCUCUACGAGGAAGCGCACAGGUACUCCGAUGCAGUGGCCACCUACCAGAGAUCGCUCAAGCUGAAUCCCAGCCAAACGAGCAUCUUCUACCGCAUCACGCGCAUCUUGAUCCGCUUGCACCAGGAGGAUACCACAAAACCAUUUCUUAGUGAAGCCGAACGCUGGGCUGCUAAGUAUGGGUCCCUUAUCCCGUCUUCCUCGCUACUUGUCCUCACCGCUGUAUCGUGUAGGGUGGAGCAGCUCGAACGGGGCGACCCAGCUGUGGCGGAGCUAAAGAGCGACAUUCUGAAGCUUAACGGCGACAUGAAUCAAGCACUUCACGUAGCCAACGAAGCAUCGCAGAAGCAUCCUACCAACUUGGCUCUGCACGUCAAGUGUGUGGAGCUUCACAAUCUCAAGGGCGACAUCGAAGGUAGUUCGCUCGACGAGGAUCUGCAGUGGUGGAGCUGGCUCAACGACUUUGCAGCGCGACUUCCUGCGGGAUCGAAUGGUUCCCGUGGUCACCAGAACGGCGCAACUGAGGCCAAGGAAGGCCACUCGACCCUCUCCAAGGAGCUCCUCUUCUUCCGCAUAUUCGUUUGCGAUCAUUACACUCGGAUCGCGACGCAGCACGAAGAUCACCUGGACUGCAUGGCCUCAUGCAAGCAGCUUCGAGACCUCGUACGGGAAGCCAACGGCCUGAUCAGCGGUCAAGUGCCCAAGGUGAAAGGCGGAGAAGUGUUCAACGAAGAUGCUCAGCUCCUGCAGGCACUUCACCCGGCACUGCCUGCCGAGAUCGACAACGCAUCUCUCCAGCGUUUGCAAGCGGUGCACCUAUUGGCUGCGAAGAGGCUGAGCGAAAUCGCGAAGACUAUGUAUUUGCUCGCCAUUGAGCUUACUCCUGCUAAAGCCCAAGAGCUCCUCGAAAAUGUCGAGGCCUACAAGGCGCGCAUGCUUGGCUUAGCUGCUACAUGCGAUCGCGUCGCCGUUGCCAAGAAUGCUGCCGAUCUGGACCGCAUAAUUCACAUCCUUUCCUUCUAUUGGCGACACAAGCUACGUAAGAUGAUCGAAAAGUUCCUCGACCUCCUCUUCCUCUCCUCCGCGGACAAGGUGCUAGUGUGGUUGCCGUUCACCCAACCCUUUACGAUCGUCGACAUCUACAACUUCAUCGACAAGCUGUGCGAGCAACACGACUUCUAUCGCUCACAACCCACCUUUAGGAAGCAGCUGGUCGCGCCUAUCGACAACCUGUCCAGUUCGUCGCAGCAGCGGUUUUGGAAGUCGCUGCUCUACUACCAACAGUACUACGCCGGAGGAGAGGAGAAGAGCUUCGGACAAGGAGUCCGGCCUCGCGAACCACUCACUGUCUUCAUCGACAAGCCUACCGAGCUGUUCUCCACACGACAACUGGGAUCCUAUUGUGCUCAGCUACAGGGCAGCGCGGUCCUUCCCAAGGCGCAAGAAGAUGAAGAGCCACGAAUCGACCAAGCCGAGACAGUCUCUGCUCCCAGCGUACUGGCAACCCCACCCACCAGUUCUGAGGCUCCAGGAGGUAAGGCUUAA